CGUAUUUACUUAUGUUUCCCGCUUGGCAUUGAGAUAUCAGAGGCUUGACAAAUGGGGGACGCUUCUCAGACCGUUUGUUAGACGAUUCCAGGUCAAUGAGGUUCAGUCCGCCACCCCCAAAUUCUGUGCCUGUCUAUUUCAAAUCAUCCGACUCUCGACAGUUCUUUGGCCUUAACGUGGGAAUGUGGCAUCUCGCCAAGUCAAUGAAAGGGCUGCUUUGACCCACUCGGCAUUGCUGAUAGCACAUCAAGACGCCAAAGAAGAAGAAGCCAGCAUGAGGCGCUCUCUUGCGAGUUCUGCGACGGCUCGCAUUCGUUGGCGAGUGGCCUUCAAAUCUCAAUAUCAUGCUGAACGCAAACAAAACUCUGACUUGGCUUACAUCUUUUCAAAACGUGCCGCAUCCCUUUGUUAUGAAACAAACGCGAGCCUGUGAUGGAAUAUGACAUUUGAAAUGAAAGGUCAAAGCUUUACUUAUAGGAUGGCGCGAAGAUGUCUUUCGUCCAACGGGCCAUCCUGACAAUGGGUGUGCACAACGUCAAAUCAACUCUUUCCUUGUGGCUUUGGUGGUGCUCCCUGCCAAUAUAAAUACUCGAUGUCCUGUUCUUACGACUUUCAGCCCCCAUCUCCACUCAGCCACAUCCUUAUCCUCCUCUGCACUUGUCUCUUGACAACGCUCAUCGCGAUGCAAGGCCCGACUCCGUUUGUAGCUAAUGGUAUUGAACAACACUUUUCUAUGUUUUUCUCCUAUGUCUACAGAGGGGAACACCAGCGACGUAAUAUCGCUACUUUGGAUGACAUCCAUAACUUUCAGCAGCACCUGCGUGACGACCGUAAACGUCGCGACAAUUUUAUGUUGACCUUUCUAUUCGAAGGUGAUAGACAUGAUGUACACCUCUCGCUAGUUGCUGUGCAAGAGAUCGUCAAUUUCUGGCACUACCUCCACCAGAUGGAGUGGACGGUUGAUAUAUACACCUACGCGUUCCAUGGCUUUCCAUCCAUCGGCUUCAAAUUCGCUGUCUUCGACCGUCUUCCUCCCCUGCCCGGUGAUCCCACGGCCAUCUUGUUUAACCACUGCCGUGUCGACGACUUUCUCAGUGUCCAAGUCCUUGGAGACAAAUCCUUACAAUUAAGCGAGCUCUCGUUCCAGGAUACGCAGUUUAUUGGUGAUAAAAUCGAUGUGGAAUCCAAACAGCAUACUAUACACUUCGGAGGUUUGGUACCUUCGGAGCAACUGUACAGUCUUCGUAUCAUUCCGCUAUUGCUCGUCCUGCAUACGGUCCGCCUCUACAUUGACGUAGAGUAUAACAGAUUCGACGAAAAUAUUCGUAUCAUUCAGUCUUUCGUUGCUCAAUACGAGGCGACAGGGCGCACCAACAUCAGUCGCUUCAUUAUCCAGCACGACCACGGUGCAACAGGCACUGACUUAGUCCAUCUUCACCUUGAUUCUUAUGCCCAGGCGUGCAACUUUGUUCUAGAUGUGGGUCUGUUGUGAAGAUAUCAACCUACAGUUGGACGAGCAAGACCGGGGGCCCUAUAGAACAUCUCUAUGUCCAUGUUUUAUCACUCUUAGACUGUAUGUUGUAUGUCAUUAUGUAUCAUUCCG